AUGUCAGAAACUGAAUUAUUAAAGGACAAUAAUGAGGAUAACAUAGAAACUGAUAAUAUAAAAGAAGAAUAUGCAUAUCUGGACCGUGGUGGGUUUUCUUCGGAAAAGUUCAAAGUUGAAAUUAGAGGACUUCCUAAAUUCUAUGGAAUAGUGGAACUGAAGAAGCUAAUGAAUCAAAAAUUGGGUCUUAAUGCCAGCAAAAUCAAACGACCGAAGAAUGGCAGUCACUGGUUGUUUGCAUGUUUCCAAAAUGAUGAGGACAGAGCCAAGGCAAUAAGUGCUCUUAAUGGAUAUUCUUGGAAAGGUAAAACAUUGAUAGCCGAAGAAGCAAAACCAGCUCCAGAUCCAUUGGUGAAGAAGAGAAAGAGGGAUGAAGAUUCAGUAAACAAUAAAAGGAAGAAAGAAGAUGAGAACAAGAGUCAAGAAGAAAGAUUAAAAGACGCUGUUACCCCAUAUUGGAAUAUCCCUUACGAAGAACAGCUUGCACUAAAAGAGAAAGAAGUGAAGAACCUGUUAAUGAAAUUUGACAAUGAAGUAUGGAAAACAGAUAAGAACAAACGUAAUUUAAUAGAAUCCAAUCGUAAACUAUAUAAUGGACUCAGUUUUGAAUUGAAGCCCAUUCAGAAGUCGCCAAUCACGGCUGGGUAUAGGAAUAAAUGUGAAUUCACUGUUGGGAUCGAUGAUGAGACAGGGAAGCCAACUGUGGGAUUCAGAUUGGGGAGUUAUGUUACCGGAACAGUUGGUGUAGCGCCGGUUGACAGUUUAAUUCAUAUAUCAGACAAAAUGAAACAAUCAGUCUUGCUGUUCCAAGAUUUUGUAAGAAAAUCCAAUAUGUCACCGUUCUCACCCGCAGACUACUCAGGUUACUGGCGUUAUCUCACUGUUAGGGAAUCAACUCAUAAUGGAGAUAUUAUGCUGAUUGUGGCCAUGUAUCCACAGGAUUUGACAAACGAGAAAUUAGAAGAAUUAAAACGACAAUUGAUUGAACAUUUCAGUUCGGAAGAGGCUCAGGCAUGCGGAGUUAAAUCAGUGUACUUUGAAGGAAUUACUAAAAAGAGGCUGGGUGAAGAUGGUUCAAAGCCAAUACAUUUAAUGGGUUCAACUCAUAUUGUGGACACAAUACUGGGUCUACAGUUCAGAAUUUCUCCAGAAGCUUUCUUUCAGAUCAACACAGCGGGUGCUAACAUAUUAUAUCAGAGUGCAAUAGAGCUCAGUAACGUUAAUGACAAGUCCACAUUAAUUGACAUCUGUUGUGGGACUGGUACCAUUGGAUUAUGUUUUGCCAAGCAUGUAGGGAAAGUCCUUGGUAUAGAGCUUGUGUCUGAAGCUGUCAAUGAUGCGAAAUUCAAUGCUGAGUGGAACUCUAUCGAUAACUGUUCGUUCUUCUCCGGUCGUGCUGAAGAUGUGCUGCCCUCUGUACUUGCGAGGGCGACAUCUGAUGACGUCAUCGCGGUCGUUGACCCGCCCAGGGCUGGGCUGCGUGAGUUUUUUAAUUAUAGAGAUAAGUUUUGUAAGCUUCUGUCAUCCCUGGGUGAAGUAAAUUUAUAUAGUAUACCUAUCAUGUGUUGGAGUGGGGUAUAUAUGCGGGCCGUGACUCAACUCCGUAAUACCAAGAAGGUGUCCCGUUUGAUAUACAUAUCGUGUUCCCCGGCGUCUGCCGUCAAGAACUUUGUGGAUCUGUCCCGGCCUUCAUCUAAAACUCUGCGAGGAGCGGCCUUCGUCCCCGUAAAGGCAGUGCCGGUCGACAUGUUCCCAUACACUAAACAUGUUGAAUUAGCUGUUUUAUUUGAAAGAGAGGAAAAGGUUCAACCCAGUGAUGGAAAUGAGUGCAAGGUUGAUGAGAAAGAAGUUAAAGCAGAAGAGAACACUGAUAUUAAGAAAGAAGAAACUAAUGUUACUCUGGAAGAAAAUGUACAGACGUAG